AGGUCCCCAGGCCAGACAUAGCUCUGACCCCUCCCUCCCAGCCACUGGAGAUGACUGAGAAUGAUCCGUUCCGAAUGUCCGAGAGCCAAAUGCUCCACAAAACAUGGAGUAGGCAGACCAGCUGGGGAAGGAGGCCAACUUGUGCAAGUCCAAGAUCCUCCAAAGGCCACAAUGUCACUGCUGCUGUUUCUGCUGUCCUUGCUGUUGGAUGGGUCUCAAGGUUGGAUGGAGAUGUACUUCCUACAGGUGCAGACAAUUGUGAAGGCACAGGAGGGUCUGUGUGUCUUUGUGCCCUGCUCCUUCUCCUCCCCUGAGCAAAGAUGGAAUGACCGUAUCCCAGCUUAUGGCUACUGGUUCAAAGACAUCAGAAAAGCAUCACUUAGUUUUCCAGUGGCCACAAAUAACAAAGUUAAAGCGUUAGAUUGGGGAGCCAAAGGGCGAUUCCAGCUCUUGGGGGAUAUCCCCCAAAAGAACUGCUCCUUGCUAAUCAGAGAUGUAGUUCAGUGGGGAGACUCAACAAAGUAUUUCUUCCGGAUUGAGAGAGGAAGUGAGAAAUACACUUUCAAGGAGGGGUUCAUGCUGCAAGUGGAAGCUCUGACGCAGAAGCCAGAUAUCUUCAUUCCUGAGAUCCUGGAGCCAGGGCAGCCAGUGACCAUUGCCUGUUUGUUUUCCUGGACCUCCCAUGAAUGCCCAGCUCCUUCUUUCUCCUGGAGGGGGGAUGCUGUAUCUUUCCAAGAAACCAGACCACACACCUCCAACUACUCAGUGCUGAGCAUUACCCCAGGGCUUCAACACCAUGAUACUGAGCUCACGUGUCAGCUGGACUUCUCUAGAAAGACCACGCAAAGGACUGUGCAACUAAGAGUAGCCUAUGCCCCCAGACCUCUUGCUAUCAGCAUUUUCCGUGACAAUGUAUCAGUCCCAGAAUUGCCUGUGAAUCCUUCACAUCUGGAAGCUGAGCAAGGCCAGUCUCUUCGUCUCCUCUGUACUGCUGACAGCCAGCCCCCUGCCACACUGAGCUGGGUCCUAGAGGACCGAGUCCUCUCUUGGUCCAGCCCUCUGGGGUCUAGAACCCUGUCACUGGAGCUGCCCUGGGUGAAAUCUGGGGACUCUGGGCACUACACCUGCCAGGCAGAGAACAGGCUGGGUUCCCAGCAACAUACCCUGGACCUCUCUGUGCUGUAUCCCCCACAGGACCUGAGAGUGACUGUUUCCCAAGCAAACAGGACAGUGUUGGAGGUCUUCAGCAAUGGCACCUCCCUCCCAGUCCUGGAAGGCCAAAGCCUGUGUCUAGUCUGUGUCACCGAUAGCAAUCCCCCAGCCAGUGUGAGCUGGGCUUGGGUGACACAGACCCCGAUUCCAACCCAGACUUCAGCGCCCGGGGUGCUGGAGCUGCCUCUGGUCCAGAGAGAACAUGAAGGAGAAUUCACCUGUGCUGCACAGAACCCACUGGGCGCCCAGCACAUCUCUCUGAGCCUCUCUGUGCACUACCCACCCCAGAUGUCCACACCUUCCUGCUCCUGGGAUGCCAAGGGUCUGCACUGCAACUGUUCCUCCAGAGCCUGGCCUGCCCCGUCCCUGCGCUGGCGGCUGGGGGAGGGGCUGCUGGAGGGGAACAGCAGCAAUGCCUCCUUCACGGUCCUGUCCAGCUCCACAGGACCCUGGGUCUACAGCUCCCUGAGCCUCCUUCAGGAGCUGGGGCCCAACCUCUGGCUCAGCUGCGAAGCCCAGAACACCCACGGGGCCCAGACCACCUCUGUCCUGCUGCUACCUAAUAAAGACAGUUCCACAGCAUUCUCCAAGGGAGCAGUUUUGGGUUUUGGUGUUACAGCUCUUCUUGCCUUCUGCCUCAUCGUGAUCAUCAUGAAGACCCUACAGAAGAAAGGAACCCAGGAGGAAACCUCAAGGCCCAAGCUCUCACGGGGCAGCACAAUCCUGGAUUACAUCAAUGUGGUCCCCAAGACCAGAUCCCUGGCUCAGAAUUGGAAAGCCAAACCGGACACCCCUUCUGGGAGCUCACCCCUGGACGCUCACUCCCCUAAACCAAAGAAGCAGAAGGACCCACAUUUUACAUCCACUGGUUUCCCCGACCCCAAAUCAUCCUCUCAGACGCCAGUCUCUGAAAAUAACCCGGAAGAACUCCAUUAUGCUGCUCUCAACUUCUCCCGCCUCAGAGCGCGGGAGACCCAGAAUCCCCAAGACACCUAUUCUGACUACGCAGAAGUCAGAGUUCACUGAGGAUGUCCUGGGCUUGAGCACUGAGGCCUAAAUGGUAGAGGGGUAAAGAGGGCCUCAGAAAGAAAGCAGGUUCUCCCCUUAAGAGUAAUCUGGGGGUGGGGGCGUUCUUGUGCUUGCCUCCAAGCUCGAUGAGCUCUUAGAUGGAUCCCCAGGAUCCGCAUGGUGGAAAGGACCUCCCGCCAACUGUCCUUUGACUCCCCACGUGUGCGGCGUGGCUCACGCCCAUGCAUGCACACUCAUGUAAGUUAAUAAACAGAUGAACAAAACAA